AUGGAAGAAGAAGCCAAAGAUCCCGCUGUUGUCUUGAUAGAACCCGAAGUACAAUACAGGGGUGAGGAAGCCUCAUGUGAUCUUUCUCGCAAUCUAUCGGAAUCAAGCUCGGUUAGGUCAAUUCUCGAGGAUCUUCAACCAGCUCCUUUGAAAAUUCGCCCAGAAGAGCUGGAGGCAGAAAUCGACACCUUUGAACACGAUCAUCCGGAAACCCCCAGUCCCAGUAUUACAGCACUUCACCACAUGAGAACUGAUGCUUCGCUUCGUGCGAAGAGUACCGACGAUGUUUUUAUUGGAAGAGUUCAAAAUGAGAAAGAUGCGCCUAUCAAAGGAAAGGAGUCACAUGGCGCUAUCUGUAAUUUGCAAAAUAGCCAACGAACGCUCACCAGAGCAGCAAACAACAAGCUAGAUAUUUCGAGCCGCUCUACUCCAAGGUCUCCCGUCAACCAGUUCUCUCGGACUAACAAACAUAUUACUUUACUCGAACAACCACAAGUCCCUGGCUCAAGUCCAAACUCUGAAUCAAAAGCUGGAAGCUUUUCUUCCGACACAGGCAAAGGGCGCCAGUUUCCUCCUCUUCGAAGUCUGAGCAUUGUUAGGAAGAAGAGCCAGGAUAAAAUCAAAAGUACCUUCUCUUUAGAAAGAACCAAGAGCCAAAAGUCGUCUACAGUCCUUGCUCAGGCAGGAAACUCUGACACUCGGGCUUUCUCAGAGCAGCUCGUGCCCUCGAAGGCUCAGAGGUCAGAACCACCGUCAAUACAUAGAUCAAAGCAUACCCCAAUCACUAUUUCUAACGUGUCUUCAACCUUCCAAUACCAAGGCACUUCGGUUGAAAGUCCAAAAUCUCCAACCCCUGACAGACAGACAACAAGUGAUACCCCCUCCUCGACCUUCAGAAAGCGCUUCAGGAGGCAUCUUAACACCGUCACUACCAAACCUCCCAGCCCGCCCACGAAGAACUGGAGCCCCUUUGACGAGCCAGAUAGGUCAUCAGAUAUCCCAUGCAGCUCCCCCUGGAUCCUCGGUAAGCCCGAAGACGAGACAGAGCGGGAGAAGCGAGCAGAAUACUUCAGAGAGCAAGCGGAGCAGGAGGCCCAGAGGAGCCCUACACCCAACCCCCAGAACAGAACCUCACUCAUGGCUUUGACAUCAUCAGUGUCAUCCCCUUCGGUCUCGUCGUAG